CGUUAGGUAUAUGGAAAAGGUUUUAACUUGUAAGUAUAUCUGUUAUGUCAUGUAGCUUAUAGACCUUCUUCAAUGUUUAAAUAGCCAAUUGAGUACCCUGAUAAUAAUAGUUUUAAAAUGUUAAUAAGGCUUCUUGCAUAAGUUGCAUUGAUUAAUUUAUUAAUCCUCUAAGAAUGAUUAUCAUGGAGCAGGCUUUAAAAAAUGUAAAUGAGUAAAUCUUGUAUUAGACCAAUUCUUUUUUUUUUAAAUAACAAUUUGGUAUUUACUUUACAUUGUUCACUUUUAUUAAAUUUAGAUUUUUAAAAAGUAAUUUUAAUCCAAUUUAUUUAAUUUUAUAUAUAGCCAUAUGCCUACUGUUUUAUAUAUAUUUAUAUACCAUGCUUCCACACCAUUUAAGUAGAGCUUCAUUUUAAAUUUGCAUUUUUGUUAGUAAUUUUUAAAAAAAAUUAGUACCAUUUUCAAUAUAUGCGUUAUGGGAAUUUUCGGUGUGACUAUGUCAAUAAAGGCUGCAAUUUUAAAAGUUUAAAUUUUGUUUAUUGUAUAUUUAAUUUGAAAAGUGUAAUGUUGGCUUCCUGAAUGUAUGUUUUCAUAGUGAAGCUGAACGGCAACCGCAAGGUAACUGGUACUCUCAGAGGGUUUGAUCCUUUUAUGAAUCUUGUUGUUGAUGAUGCUAUUGAGGAGACAAAAUCUGGAGAAAAAAGGAAUAUUGGCAUGGUGGUAAAUAGAUGCAUUUUUUCUUCUACUUGUUUAGAAAUAGAUUAUUCAGUGCCUCCUUGUGGCUAAUUUUAAAUUUAUAACAAAUUAGUUUCUGUUUGGGUAGCAUCGAUUAAUUGUAUUUUUCUUUGAAAUGCCUGUUGUAAUUAUAACUUGCAGGUUAUUAAUAUUUUUAUUUCCCAAUUAAUUGUGUUACCGGUACUGUGAAAAGUGUACUAUAAUAACUGUGUGAAGUGACAUGUGCGAGCACUAUUCUUUUGGCUAAACAUUUUAACCUUGUGGGUCUAGAUUGCCUCUGAUCCCUACCAAGACAAGCUGACUUCCAUUUUCAUAGCUCAGGGGUUGGCGAACCAGGGUAAAUAAGCCUGCAAAGUAAAAAUCAAAAAUUCAUCAGAGAUCUCCAUAGACUAUAGGCAUAAAAUAAAGUUAUAUAAAAAGCGUGAUCCUUCUUACUGAAGAAUUUAUUUUUUCGGGCAGGAUUAAUAUAAAACACACCUAACAUGACUACCAGUGGCAGCUAGCUAAAUCACACAUCUUCAUUUAUAUUUAAAUAAGUAUACAUCAUUUUCGCAUGGUCACCUAUUGAUUUUUAUAUUGUUUUCUAAGACAGUGCUGUCAAACCUUUUUGACUCCUGGGGCAAAUUUUUUUUUCUUGAUACAGAGGGCCAAUUUUGUAUGUGAUGUUGGUCAUUGCAGAGAAUCCAGUUUCACAGUGGUAUGUGCUUCCAAACAUCGUCUAUCUUUUUACAACAUUUGUGAAGAAGCCUAGGUCAUCCAGAAUUCAAUUGGCUAGACAUUGUUAUAUUUUUCACAGAGACAUAUUAUGCAGAAUCUCGAUGAUUUUAAGCUUCACUGACCUCCAUCUGCCCCUAAUAAUGUCAUCUUUAUGGCUACUAUUGAGAUAUCACUUGUAAAGGGAUUUUCAACGUAAAAUCAAAACAGGACUAAGGCUAAGAAUAUCUUUAAAAUGAUCUGUGAAAUCUAACUUAAGCUUUUUUAACAAUAGACCAGCUCUGGAAGUUGUUGUGUAGCCCAUGCAAGAACUGAGUAAAAUUUGACUGAUUCAGUUGAGUAAUGAAGUCCAGCUUGAUUCUAAAACAAUUCUUUCUUUCAUCAGCAUUGGUAAGAUUUGAAAAAGCCUUUGUAUAUUUAGAUUACAUUUUUUAAGGUGAUCUGUGAACGUCUCAAUGUAAAUGUAAUUUAACAAAGUGUCCUUUGCCUUGGAUCUGAGAAACAGCUUCACUUCUUCAAAUUAGAUCCCAGAAUCUUGCCAGCAUUUUCCCUUUGCUCAGUCAACAAACAUCAGUAUGUAGAAGAGAAUCCCCAAAAUUUCGUUCAUAUUCUUCCAACAAAGUCUUCAACUUAAACUGCCUGUGGUUUAAAUAGAUUAGCUUGAAUGAAAAUACAUUUUCACUAUGCCAUCCUUAACAUUUUUCAGUGCUUCAGCUUUGAGUAAAAGCAAUUGCUGGUGAAUUAUACAAUGAAACGCUUGAGUGUCUGGAAAAACAUCAGCCAUCAGCAAACCAAUCAGGCCAACUCUCCUUCCCAUUUUGCUGGAGCACAAAAGCUUCUUCAAAUCAAUCCUGUUCUUUAAUAGAAAUGCCUUCAGUGCCUCAUUUUUUUAUAUACAUCCUUCAUUCGGGUUGUAUUUUUUCCUGAAGUAGUGCCAAUAAUUCUUCUUUAUUUUUAAUCCAUGUCAAGUCUAACCCAAGGUUGGACUAUGUCAAUGAUAUUACUGAUAUCACAGGACAGGUAGCAUUUUUCAAAUCAUGAAGCAGCUGCUCAAAUAUAUAUCCCAGGGCAUACUUUCAAGACAUCUUGCUAGAGUCUGGUGGGAAAGCUAAAGAUUAAAUUUUUUUAUAUGUUUAUUCCUUUGUUUUUAAAUUCAGCAAGCAAUGAAUCUGCACAUUCUUGAAAAACAAAGUGUCAGUCUCUCCAUCGUAUUAUGGUCUUUGCUUCUUAGUUGAUCUUCAGUAGCACAGUCGCUUGAGCUAAAAGAAAAUGACGAAAACAUUUCUUCUGUCGUCUCCUACCUUUGUUUCAAUUGUAUAUUCUUUCUCUAAAUCUGCAUGCACUGACUUGUGUCUCUGUAGAUUGGCCCUUUUCAUAACAGAAAUAGAAGUCUGGCAUCUAAAACACUCUGGCUUUUCAUUAAACAGUGAAAAUACAAAUUCCAGUUCUCAUGAAGUGUUAAAAGUUCAGUAUUUUUCUGUUUUUAUUUUACUUGCCAUUUUGACUUUUAUCUUUUUAGAAAUAAAAAUACUUUCUAAAUUCUAGAAUCGCUAUUUCUGUCUCUCAGAAUUUUCCUUGACUGAAUUGCAUUAACUACAAACAUUGCUAUCUACACAUGGAAUUGAUCAUAUUCUGAUCACAGGUAUAAAUCCAAGUUCAUCUAAAAAAAUACAGGAUGGACAUACUGCCCCCACCGGACAGACUGCCUAUUUCGUUUCAACUGAUUCACAUUUUCUUCCAGUCAUUUUCUACAUCUGUAGUACCACAUAUCUCAUCUUGUUAACUCCUGUCUUAUCAAAUGCCACCACUUCUCCUGUGCUAUCCCAACAAUACUGAAUCACUGAAUGUCGAUUUUUUUUCCUACCUCAAUCUAACAUGUUUUUUUGUACACAAAUAUUUUUAUCUCAUUUAAAACCUGUCCACAGGCAGCGGGUUGGACAGCACUGCUCUAAGACUUUGCCAGUUUUACAGCUCUUUGACGAAGUAGUCAUUUAAGUUCCUGUCUCCCAACAACCCACCUCUACCAAUAAGGAUUUUCCACUCUUAUGAUAGUAAAAAAGAUGCAGAGAGAUCAUUUGAAUAUUGAAGACGACAUCAAAAAUCAAACACCUAUAGUAUCAGAGCGCCCAAAUUUUGUUUUAACGUUAAAAAAUGAAACAUUAAUUCUCCAAAAAGUAAUGACAGGAAGAAAAAAAUGAUUUCAAAAAUCCUUUUGUUCCAUAAUUAUGAUUUUAUUAACUUAUUUUAUCGUGGUACAUUAUUUUUUUAUAUUCAUAUUUAUUUGAACCACCCGUUUGACCUUGGUUGAAGUAUGCUUUUGAGAAGUGAAUAUUUGUUGUUGAGAUUUGUUGCACAAAAAAGGCAGAUUGAUGAUUAAAUUGAUUAAUCAACAAAAUGAACAAUUAUCUCUAGUGCUUUUUUUUCUAUUUUAGUAUUUUUAAAUUUUAUUUUUUCAGGUUAUCCGUGGCAACAGUGUGGUGCUGUUAGAGUCUCAAGAAAGAAUUUAAUUCAGUGUAAUAUUUUCAUUUCUUUUCUCUUAACCAUUAUCAUCUCAUUUGUACAGUUAAUCAUCUUCAUUGAAUGCAUGGGUGAGGAAUAACAUUGUACUUUUUUAAAAAUUAUGCGUUAGUAUUUUAAUGAGCCCCUUCCUUUUUUUGUAUUUGUAUACUGUACCGUAACUGUAAACUAAAGAUAUGAUAUUUGCCUUCCAAUAUGAUGGGGAAGACUUAUUACAUUAAAAUAUUUCAAGAAUCUGCUGUUUUGGAGACAGUCCUUAUAGCAAAUAGAAUGCCAUUUUAAAGAUAUUUGUUUCAAAAUGUUUAUACCGUAAGUAAAUAUUUGCCGUUAUCCGUAAUGCAUUUGCAUUGGAUUAUUUAGCUGAAUUUGAAUGAGUGCUAUUUUUUAUAGACUGAAUGAAUAUUGUUUUGUUUUUAUUUUAUAAUAAAUGCCAUAAAUAAAUGGAAGAAAAAAGAAGUUUUCAUUGUCAUUCACUGCAGUCAACAUUU